AUGUCUCGCACCAUCGAAAGUCUCACUUCAACGUCAUUGAAAGAAUGGGAUGCAUUACUAGAGAUCAUCGAUAAACCAUCUAGGCCUAUUGAGGUCAAUGGCACAAAGCUCAAUCUAGCUGAGAUUGUAGCUGUAGCGAGACACGGGAUAAAUGUUAAGACAGAUCGAAAUGCUUCGAAUCGCUUGGCCGCAGGAGCCCAAUGCCUCGCCGAUGAUCUCCAGGAGGGCAAGGUGAUUUAUGCUCAAAGAAGAAUCCUAGGGGUCAACACAGGAUUCGGGGGUAGCGCCAACACGAGGACGGAACAUGUCAAAGACCUCCAGAUUUCUUUGGUCUCGAUGUUGCAAUGUGGCAUAACGUACCCCUCGCGACAGGACUUUAAACACCCCGUUGUCAAUGAUGUUGCGCCACUCAAGUCCAAGGCAGUAGAUCUUCUGAGGAAAGGGUUGCCAUUGGAAGACUCCGUGUCAACGAAUUGUAUGCCAGAGCCUUGGGUCCGAGCAGCUAUCCUCGUCCGCAUCAAUUCGUUAAUGCACGGUGCGUCGAGUGCCCGUCCUGUGAUUGUGGCUCGUAUGAUAGACCUGCUCCGACAUGAUAUCAUUCCUCGCGUGCCAAUGCACGGUAGUAUAUCCGCCUCAGGAGACUUGAGCCCUCUUUCCUACAUUGCAGGAUGUAUCCAAGGAAGUCCAAAUAUUUCGGUUCUUGCUGGCGAGGAACGUCGUAUUACCACUGCAGAUGUAGCGAUGGCAGAAGCGAACAUUGCUCCAGUAUCUCUAGCGGCAAAGGAGGGUCUCGCUAUCGUGAAUGGUACAGCUUUCUCGAGUGGAGUGGCUGCAUUACUCAUGCAUGACGUCUGCAACCUCGGUGGGCUAUGUCAGGUCCUGGCUGCGAUGAGCGUCGAGGCACUGGGUGGGACAUCAGAGUCAUUCCAUCCAUUCUUCGCGGAAGUGCGACCUCAUCCAGGACAGGUGGAAUCUUCCCAAAACAUCUAUGACUUCCUUCAAAGCUCUAAGCUUAGCAGCAGUAACGAUGGCUCGGAGAAAGGCUCCCUUCGGCAGGACCGAUACUCUAUUCGCACUGCUUCACAAUGGAUUGGCCCUGCUCUGGAAGACUGCGCCUUGGCCUAUCAUCAGGUUGUGACUGAGAGUAAUUCCGUAACAGAUAAUCCCUUGACAGACCCUUCUGAUCCUUCAGGCGACAUCCUUCAUGGUGGUAACUUUCAAGCUAAGGUCGUUACUUCCGCCAUGGAAAAGGCACGCCAAAGUCUCCAGUCUCUUGGUCGAAUGCUCUUCACGCAAUGCACCGAGGUUACAAACCCGGCAACCAAUAACGGUCUUCCACCCAAUCUCACCGUGGACCCACCUUCGGAGUCUUUUCUCAUGAAAGCAGCUGAUAUAAUGUCGGCAGCUCUCCUUUCGGAAUUGGGCUUUUUGGCAAACCCGGUAGGCUCCCAUGUGCAGACCGCGGAGAUGGGAAACCAGGCGCUCAAUUCCAUCGCACUCAUCUCAGCGCGCUAUACACACAUAGCAGCUGAUAUUCUUUCGAAACUGUGCGCAGUGCAUCUCUUGCUGACGUGUCAAGCACUCGACCUUCGGGCUAUGAAUCAGCAGUUUCUCUGCAGUCUCGAGGGUCCGUUCCGUUCCUUGACCUUUGAGACAUUCGAGGGAGUCUUCAGUGUUGCGAAAAGCCUCGAGAGUAUUUGGUCCGCUCUAAUCCAGGCUCUAGUAAAUUCCAUCGCGGAGGACGCACCCGGCCGUUUUCAGUCCGUAGCAUCCACUCUGCAAUCCACUGUACUAGAUCAAGUAGACCCUACGAGCAGCGUGCCGAUAUUACCACUGCUGAAGAGCUGGACCGACAGUCUUACAGCAUUGCUUACAGAAACCCACAAGGCCACCCUCAAAAGCUAUCUGAAGCGAGGAAGUGCAGCUCCUCUGCUAGGUCAUGCCGCAUGCCGCAUUUACAGCUUCGUGCGACAAGAGCUCAAGGUACCCUUCUUGCACGAAGGCAUUCUACACGUCAACGGUCCAGGAUCGGCGGACAAUUUGCUUCCUACCGAUUACAAGUCGGGUGUCACGACCAUUGGUGCCCAAAUAACAGUGCUGCAUGAAGCGAUCCGCCAAGGCGUGCUCUACUUGCCGGUCGCAGAGGCAAUGAGGGAGGCUCGGGAGAAUGUAGCUGCGAGGAAGUCGAUCAAACCUACUCCGGCUAAGCCAACCAAGCGUUCUCGGAGCGUCGGCUGUGAUGUGGAAUCAGAGGAAAAUGCCGGCAAGCGGAUGCGACCAGUUGGACUAAGCGAAUUGAAUCAUGUGACCAUCGCGGCUUGA